AUGUCUUUAACAGACGACGCCAGGAUCGAUCAUGUGGUGGUCGGGUACGCCGAAAAGGUUGUCGACAGGUUCCCAGUCGGGAGCUUGGAUAAUAGCCUUAAACCAGUGGCGGCGGUGGCGGGACCAUUAGGGGAAGAGGGAGAUGCGGUUGUAUGCUCCUACCCUGGGUCCUCUGAUAGAGCCACUUGUCGUGUAGCGGUCUAUCGGGCCUGCGAGGACGGCUCGUCAGAACUUGUUCACGCAGUUAUCGUGAAUAUUCCUCGAGAGCUCGUAGAGGGUACGAGGGUCACUCACAUGGCGAGUCAAGUGGAUCGCAAGUCCGGUGGUAUUGUCUUCAGCCUUCUGACGGCCUCUUCGGUCAUCCUGUCCCUCAACAUCCCCCCUCGAUUGUACCGGUCGGACUCUGUCUGGAUCAACCGGCUCGCCUCUCUAUCCCAGCGUGUCACCACUGUCGCUGGUCUAACUGGGCCGGCCACAUCGUUGACCCUUCUUGGGCCUGGAUGGGCUGCCAUUGGCUGUGCUGAUGGGAACGUUACGUUGGCUUGGCUCUCUACUUGCGAUGACGGCCAGGAAACACCGAGUUUGUGCGAGAAGAACCUCGGCCUUGUUGCGCGGAAGAGUGUCUGGUCCAAGAUGACCGGCAUGUUCAGAAGUUCCCGUUCACCAUCAACCGUCUCGGCUGCGGUGGUGGGGUUGGUACCGCUUCCUAACCAGGAGCUCCUCUCUGUCACUGCUGAUGGUUGCUGUCGCCGAUGGUUCGAGCCCCUAUCUGCUUACGCUGGCACUCCGCCUGCGAGCGAGACUAACCUUGAAAUAUGUGGCGGCAUCGUCGUCAGCAACUUCUAUGGGGAGGACCUGCCGGGGUCUCUGGCGGUCGGAAGGCAGGAUGCUGUUGGGGCCUGGAUUGUCACUGCCCGUAACGGUAUUGUUGUGAUCACCGCCGAUCACGGCAACUGCGAGGAGAUGAAGGAUAAGAAGGGUAACAUCAAGACCAGCCACACUCUCAAUGCUAUUCCCUUCAUCAUUGUUGAUCCCAACUGCCAGGGUAAGUACGUCGUUGACCCCAGCCAGGACCCCAGCAUUGUCGAGCCUGUUGCCGGCAUCACUAACGUUGCCGCUACCUUGUGCAAUCUCCUCGGUUAUGAGCAGCCCUCGAUGUACCGUAAGUCUCUCCUCAAGUUCCAGCAGUAG